AAGUACAGUGCACUGCAAGGCUCAAAACUUUUAAUCGCAAUCUAUAAGUACUGAUUUCUAUUGAUUGUAGUAUGAGCAUCGUUCUGCUGUUAUCAGCGUGAGAGAUAAACCCCAUCGUAAUUAGCUCGCUGCUUGCUAUUAUUGCAAGCUUUAAACUCUCGAUUGGCCAUUAAGACUUGUGAUCUGAAGGAACGCGAGUUAAGUUUGCUGAAAUCUGCCAUCAGUAGAACAUGGAACAACAAUUAAAUAUUAGUAGCGAACAAGACAAUGUUGGAGUUGAAGGCUUAAUGGAAUGGAUUCGCAGCCAGCCUCAUCUACCUCGAAUUACAGAAAAAGAUGUAAAAAAGUUCCUACACUGUAACUAUGAUGAUGUGGAUGCGGCUAAGAAGACGAUUGAGAAUUAUUACACAUUCCGCACCAGGUGUACGGAAUUUUUUCUCAACCGAGAUAUAGAUGAUCCGACUAUCCAAGCGGCUAUGAAUCUUAUGAUGUUUGCUGUAUUACCAAAAUCGACCCCUGAAGGAUACCGUAUUGCGUUCUGCCGGCUGAUAGAUUAUGAUACCACAAAUUAUGUGUAUCUUCAUACAACCAAACUAUUGGUCAUGUGUCUAGAUCUAUGGAUGAAGGAUAUUCUGCGAAACUCUAUAUUCCGCGUUAUGGUCAACCGAGAAUUGGUGUUCCGCAAAAUGGUAUUCGGCGAAAUGGUUUGUAAUGAUGGCGAAUAUUUAAAUGCUAUCCGCUUCAUUUUAUCAGGCUAGGCAAUGGGAGGAGUUGUUUUCUAUUUUACUGUGACGAAAAUUUGUAUAUUAAAACACCCAUGAACUUGCAAAACUCGAGAUUGUGACAAAGGUCAUCCGAGAUUCACGAUAUAUGUACAACACAGUUUAAUUUGUGGCAAUACGAAGUUUGUCGGGUCUGAACUUGAACUUGAAUUUGAAUUAUGCGAUGCAAUCAACCGAUCCGAGAGUUUACCGCACUGAGUUGAUGAAUUACCGAACGCACCAGCAGUUGUUAACAUCCCGCCUACUUGUAGGGUGUCCGAAUCUGUUCUUCCACUCCGGGUCAUAGCGUGCUUACGCCUGAAUACUGGUUGUCGUCGAUCGAUCUCGAUUCAUCGCAAAUUCCGUGCCGCACCGCGCACUGUAAUGUUACAUAAACGUUACCACAAUAACUACCGAAACCGUAACCGUUUUAACGAAUUUGCUCAUAUGUUUGAUUUCGGUAUGACAAAAUAUGUAAUUAGACUACGAUUUAGUGUAGAAGUAAUAUGUCUAUGCAAUAGUUUUAUGUCGAAGAUCAAUAAGCAAUACAAUGUUACAGAUUGUUACAAUGUUACAGAUUGUUACAAUUGUUACAGAUGUAACAAUGUUAUCUAAAAAGCGGGAAAUUUUAACUCUACAGUUAGCAGGUUAUGUAACUGCAACAUCAAAUCGCAACGCUGGUGUCUAUUCUGCGAGGCGAGUGACGUAAGAAACUAAAUUUCGCUGCACUAUCAGCAUGUAGCGUGUCGUAAAAGUUUCUUCUUAAAACUCCAACAUCAUUCGAUUCGACUCGACUAACGCCGAACGAAAUCUACUUGACUGUAAACCGACGGCAUGUUAAAAGUCUUGGAAAGUCUAUUUGCUUCUUAUUUUUUUAAUAACUACUUUCCGUUCAUACAUUGAAAGUGCGAUAAAUGCGGAAUUAACUUGUAUCCUUCUUUAUUUCUUUUACUAAAUAAGUAAGUCGUAAG